AUGAGGUCUCUGUCUUGUUGUUUUCUGACAAGUGUCGCAGCCCUCCUGUCGCCGGCGCUGGCGCUGGGCACGGGCGGGAAGUUCAGCAUCGUUCCGGGCGGGAAGGGUUUCGACAGAUUCAUUACCAUAUGGCUAGAGAACCAGGACUUCGCCAAAGCAGUCAAAGACGCCCACUUUGCCGACCUCAAGCGCGAGGGGAUCCUCCUGACCAAGUACUACGCGCAGACACAUCCCUCGCAGCCCAACUACAUCGCCUCGAUCAGCGGGGACUACUUUGGUCUCGACCAUGACGACCCCGUGCACAUCCCGUCCAAUGUCUCUACGGUGGUGGACCUUCUCGAUACCAAGGGGAUCUCGUUUGGGGGCUACUUUGAAGACCUGCCUGGGCCUGGGUAUAUGGGCAUUGCGAGUAGUAGGCCAAGCAGUGAUAAAUGGGACUAUGUGCGAAAACACAAUCCCUACGUCUCCUUCGACUCCAUCACGAACAAUGGCACCCGCCUAUGGUCGGUCGGCUCCUUUGACGACUUCCAACGCGACCUCGCCGCCGCCGAGAUCCCACAGUUCGUGUUCAUGUCUCCCAACAUGAACCACGACGGACACAACACGACCCUCGAGCAGGCCACCUCCUGGGUGCACGACUUCCUUACGCCUCUGCUGGCAGACACUAAUAACAAGAACAAGGCCGCCCUCGCCUCCACCCUGAUCCUGCUCACCUUUGACGAGAGCGAGGACUACAGCCAGCCCAACAAGAUCGCGAGCCUCCUCCUGGGCAGCGCGGUGCCGACCAGCCUACGCGGCACCGAGGACAACACCUUCUACACGCACUACAGCAUCCUGGCCAGCGUGGAGAACAACUGGGGCCUGCCCAACCUGGGACGGUACGACGUCGGCGCCAACGUGUGGCAGUUUGUUGCCGACGCCACCGGGUACAAGAAUCCAGGGGAUCCGGAUACCCUCUCCGGAAUCAACAGCUCUGUAUCAUAUCCGGGGUUCCUGCACAGCGACCCAGCCAGUCGCGUGCCGAUCCCCCCACCGAAUCUGAAGCUGGUGGGCGCUGGUGGCCAGGGGGUCGUGGACAAGGUCAAGCAUGCCUGGCGAAAGGCGGCGGAGGAAUUAAGCCCUUAUGAUGGGAUUGGGGAGCCGUUUGAUGGGGGGCAGUGGCUGCCGGAGUAUGUUCCUCAGGUUUCGAAUGUGUAG